GGGGGGCGCGGGCGGAGGGGGCGGUGUACGUGAACGCGAGGCAGUACGCCGCGAUCGUGCGACGGAGGAAACAACGGGCGAAGGAGGCGGAGAAGCGGCGGCUCCUGUCGGCGAACGGCGCGAGUGACGACGGCGCGGGGGCGAUGGAGCGGGGUACGCGGGUGAGAUACGCGUCGAGAAGCGCGCACGCGAAGAAUCGCGUGCGAGGACCGAAUGGGAAGUAUCUCACGCGAGCCGAAUUGCUCGCCGGCGCGGGGGGCGAGGAAGCCAAGGCGAGGGCGGAGGCGCGCGAACUCGACAUCGCCGAGCGCGCGCGAAAGCGUGAGGCGAAGGCGCGCGAGCGAGAGGAGAAAAAACGCGCCAAGGCGGCGCGGGAUCAGGCGGCGCGCGCGGCCGCGGACGCCGCGGACGCGGACGCCGCGGACGCUCGGAGAGCCGCCGCGUGA